AUGCUGGAUAGCAGUUCAUCUGUUGUUCCGAGUGUUGACAUGGUACUAAAUUCCGGUCCGGAAAAAGGUGAAAAUAGUAAAUCCGGCAACAACAACAGCAACCACGACCUGUUCUCAGUUGAUGUUCUUCCCGCUAGUUGCAUUCAUCAUCCUGGCUGCAGCUCUUCUUCGUCCGACCCUGAUCAGGGGCCCCCGCGGCCUUUUUUAAACGAUCCUGCUAAAAGAACAGCUGACGCAAGUCAAACUUCUUCCUCUACGACCUUGGGC